GGGGUAAAACCGAAGGAGGACUAGCGUGUAUAUCAUGUGUGAUAUUUCUUAGCCUUGCAUAGACUGUGGCUGAGUAGAGAAAACAAUCAGAUGUCUGGCAUAAGUCUCGUCCUAUCAGUGUGAUUGUACCGCAGUCAAUACUGAGAUGGAGACACCUAUUUGAGUUAUUGUAUAUCAUGAAAAGAUGAAUGAUUGAUUCUUGACUUCAUUUUAUUCGUCUUGACUGCUCAAGAUUCCAGAGAAAGAAUUCUAGUUCCGUCCGAAAUGGCUAGUCAAGACAGCCCUCUCUCUAUAACAUCUAGUGUUGCAGGAAUACUGACCUUUGUGGCCGCUAUUGCAGCAGCGAUAUACGUUCGGUUCAACUAUUUACGCAAUGCUGAUAACGAAUAUUUCCAAGUCAAAGCAUCUCUUUCGUGGCAUAAAACUGAAUCACAAUGGCUCCAUGAUUUGGUGUAUGCAUCUGAUGGCCCAAAAGAUCGUUUUGGGCAUGAAAAGGAAUAUCAGAUGUAUGUCUCCGUGAUGGAGGAACUUGGAAAACUUGAGGAGAGAUUGCUUGAACUGGUAACAGAGGCCGAAUUGAAGGCUAGUACCGAAGAUGAUCAAGGAAAGAAAUGGGCCUUGGUACCGAAAAGUAUGGCAUUUAGAACUAGUGUAGCCAUGUCGUGGCUACCUGUGAGGAGGAAAGCUUUGGAGUUAGUUAGGCAAAGAGAUGCAUUAGGAGCUAGAGUUUUAUUUGCACAGAUGAGUAUGAUGUCAUCACGAGUUCGAGACCAAGAAUCACGAGCAAAGAAGCAAAAGGAAUUAGACCACGAAAGACUUGACCGACUGGAAAGUACAGUUCAUUCUCAACACGAGAAGCUAGAUCGACUAGAGUCUUUAGUAUACCGAUUGAUGCAUCGCGAUCGAAUUGAAUUUGAGAGCGUUCAACGUUGGGGAGCUCAAAGAAACGAUACUUUUGGAACCGAUGAUUCUCAGUCCGAAACUCCCGUUGUGACUGGGACCGUUACCCCGCUACCAAAAUCAGAAACUUACGACCUUGAGCAUUUUCAAACCCCAGAAUUGACGGCUGUCUAGCAGAGGGUUCAGUGCCAUCAUUAAAUUUAGUCGAAACAUAACUACUCUAUUCCUCGCUUCUGUUUCCUGAACUUGGACCGCUAGCUGCUCCCUCGACUGCUUCUCUUUUCCUUCAGCCCACCUCAGCACCUGCAUCAGCCAGGCGUGCACUUGUUUGUCCAGGUAAUUUGGUAAAUUUUAUGGUUGGCGUUGAAUGGAGAGCA